GGUGUCGUUGGGAUGUCAAAUCCAGGCACGGACAAAAAGCAAGCGACUCCAGCGCCGUUCUCCAUCUUCCAUGUCGCCACUCGUGCGGCAGGAGCGUCGAGCUUUCCUGUCUCCUCCUCAUCCUCAGCCCCAGUAGGAAUUUUCGAAGACGAUGGGUGGCUCUUCGCCGCCGCCGCCGCCGCUUCUUCUUCUUCUGCUGCUACUGUCUCCGGCGGCCGCGUCUUCGAAUGGGUAUCGGUCGGCAAUUGGAGACCCUGGAAUGAAGAGCCCCAACGUCAGAGUCGGCUUCGAAGCUUGGAACUUCUGUAACGAGGUGGGCGCGGAGGCUCCCGCCAUGCCCAGCCCCAGGCUCGCCGAUUGCUCUGAUUUGCUCUGCCCUUCCUUUCCCGGUUUAAGUUUAACGCCUUCUGAUGGUGGGAGCGAAUGCGUGGUCCAUCAGAAGGUGAAGGAAUCGGACAACAGUUUGAGGGCAGGCGAUGCGUUUCGUCUGGAGGGUUUUCAGGCGUACGAAGAUCCGGAUCUGUAUGCUGCCGAGAAAGAGCUGUACCUUGGUUCUCUCUGCGAGGCAAAUGACUCUGCGGAACCGUGGCAAUUCUGGAUGGUCAUGCUCAAGAAUGGUAAUUUCGAUAAGAACACCACCCUCUGUCCUGAGAACGGGAAGAAAGUCAGCAAAAUAGUGACCGACAGGAGCUUUCCCUGUUUCGGUAGCGGCUGCAUGAAUCAGCCCUUGGUUUACCAUAAUCAGUCGAGAUUGGUUGAUGGUGAAAUGGCUUCUUUGACUGGAGGUUUUUACGGGACGUAUGACCUUGAUGCUGAUUUGAGCAAAGGCACUGGAAACAACUCGUACUUUUCGGUCUUGUGGCAGAAGAAUAUGAGCUCAGGAAGUUGGAUAUUUUCUCAUAUAUUGAGAACGAAUGCCAAGUAUCCUUGGCUUAUGUUGUACUUACGGGCAGAUGCUACAAACGGAUUUAAUGGUGGUUAUCAUUAUCAGGGUCAGGGAAUCAUGCGAAAGUUGCCAGAAUCUCCAAACUUCAAAGUAAGAUUGACUCUUAAUGUGAAACGUGGCGGAGGGCCUAAUAGCCAAUUCUAUCUACUCGAUAUAGGAAGCUGUUGGAAGAAUAGCGGAGAUCCGUGUGAUGGCGAUGUACUCACAGAUGUGACUAGAUACAGCGAGAUGAUAAUCAAUCCAGAAACUACAAGCUGGUGCAGACCGGAGAACCUUGUCUCUUGUCCACCUUACCAUGUCAGUGUUUCUGGCGAGAUCAUAUAUAGGAACGAGACGUCUCGGUUCCCCUAUGCUGCUUAUCAUCUAUAUUGUGGCCCUGGGAAUGCCAACCAUUUGGAGAAACCAUAUGAUAUCUGUGACCCUUAUAGCAAUCCACAAGCACAGGAACUUGUUCAACUUCUGCCACAUUCUGAAUGGGCAGUCCAUGGCUAUCCUGAAAAGCAAGGUGAUGGAUGGGUUGGAGAUUCUAGGACAUGGGAACUUGAUGUCGGAGCGCUGUCCCAUCGUCUAUACUUUUACCAGGAUCCGGGAACAGAACCAGCAAAGCGUAUAUGGUCCUCGAUCGAUGUUGGUACAGAAAUUUAUGUCAGCCGGAGCGGGGCAAUUGCAGAGUGGAGUGUUAGCGAUUUUGAUGUGCUGGUCCCCGAAGAUGUCACGUAUGACGGUGAAAUAACUGACCAAGUUUCGGUUCUUUGACUUAUUGGUUGAUGUUGUAAAUGGUUGUUGGAUGCAAGCGACAUCGCAGUAUAUAUACAUAAACCGUGGAAAGUGAGGUGUCGUGAUUGUGUUUUGUUCUCAGAGUUGCCCAUCACAAGGAAACCGCAUCUCUUCUGUUUGAUCUUGUUGCACGGUUUAUUUCCGCAGUAUGGUGAUUGUUGCAUUAUCAGACACGUACUUAAUGAGAGGUGGUAGCCCGAAGUCUCCAAAUUCAUCA